CCGUCCUUUCACUUUCUCAGGCCACUCCAUAGGCCACCUGCCACCUGGACGGACUACAGCUCCCACCGCACAGCAGGCUGGAGGAAGCGCACCGAGGCUGCACGGGAAGCCAGGCGCCAGAGCAAACAUCACCUGCUUGGGAGGGGGCGACAGGUGCGCACCGCAGGUGUGUUCUAGGCGACCCAGCCAUGCAGCUCCCCAGCGCUGCCAGAGCGGCCGACGAGGACGUGGACUACCUGUUCAAGGUCAUCCUCAUCGGGGACUCUAAUGUGGGGAAGACGUGCGUGGUGCAGCACUUCCGGUCUGGGGUCUACACCGAGACGCAGCAGAACACUAUCGGUGUGGACUUCACAGUGCGCUCCCUCAACAUCGAGGGCAAGAGAGUGAAGAUGCAGGUGUGGGACACAGCGGGCCAGGAGCGAUUCCGCACCAUCACCCAGAGCUACUACCGCAGCGCGCACGCCGCCAUCAUCGCCUACGACCUCACACGGAGGUCCACCUUUGAGUCGGUCCCACACUGGAUUCACGAGAUAGAGAAAUACGGGGCGGCAAACCUGGUCAUCAUGCUGAUUGGAAACAAGUCGGACCUGUGGCAGAAGCGGCACGUGCUGUUCGAGGAUGCCUGCACGCUGGCCGAGAAGCACGGGCUCCUCGCCGUCCUGGAGACAUCCGCCAAGGAGUCUAGGAACAUCGACGAGGUCUUCGUGCUGAUGGCCAAGGAGCUGAUGGCGCGCAACAGCCUGCAGCUGGACAGCGCGGGUGCCACACACAGCCUCGCCCCCGAGUCCAGCCCGGUGCUCGUGGCCCAGGUCCCCAGCGAGAAGCCCCGCUGCACCUGCUGAGCAGGCAGCCAGGCUCACAGGGACCACGCCAUUCUGGCCUCUGGGUGGCACUGCCGGCUGAGCGAAGCCUCACCCCUCCUCCCUAAUCCAGCCUGGGAAGCAGCCCAGGAGGCUGCGUUCCCACCAGAUGCUGAGGCAAAGCGACACCCCCGGUUCCCUCGAUACCUCGAACGAGGAAGGCACAAGGGAAGAGGGGGGUUUGUCCUGCCCCGUUCCCUGCUUGUCUUCCCCCCACUCCAGCUGCUUCUUGUUUUGAGACAGGGUCUCACUGUAGUUCAGGCUGGCCUUGAGCUCACAGCAGCCCUCCCUCCACGGCCUCCCAAGUGCUGGGAUUACAAGGAGUGCCACAAGGCCGCUCCAGUUGCUUUCAACUGGGUUUUGCUUCUCCACUUGAGGAAGAGGGCAGCAAACGGAAGGCGGAAGAGGACUCCGGAGAGGGGAGAGGAUGUUCAGAACAUUCUGGGACACUUUGAAACAGCACAGGCCAGGGGUGGGGAAAAGCCUUCCAGGAAGCCCCUAACGCUGUCAGCACUUUGGUCCCACCAUUCACAUGCAGGACGCCCCUUUGGGCAUCCCUAAAUCCCAGAGGCACCCAGUCUCACAGGAACCAUGUGAGGGACAGGGAGUCCCUCCGUCCUAGGCGGGCUGAGUUAAUCACUCUGCUUGGUAGGAGAGACGUCACAAUUUCUUUUUUUGUUCUUUUUUGUCUUUUUGAGACAGGGUCUCGCUAUGCAGUUCAGGCUGGCCUCGAGCUCA